AUGAUUGUUUUGAAGUCUACGAGGAGUUUUGUGCGGUUUGGUGUAUAUAGGGCCGUGGCUACUGUGGGCACGGUUAAUACUGGGUUUACCAUACUAGGCCGCACGCACUCAAAGUCUGGGAAUCAGUUUGGAACAAGACAAUCUCCAUACUUGGUGACAUCAAGGACUUUUCACCGUGCUAGUCGGUUGCAAAACCAUGAAAACACCGAAGAACUCGAAGUCAAAAAUGCUUCUGACGAAAAGUCCAUCAUGGGUACCCUGUUUUGCGAAUCCUGUGGAAGUACACUGCAAACCACCAACCCUUCAGAAGAGGGAUACUACCUUCCAGAUGAAAAAAAAUCAGCCGAGAAUCACCAAAGAGUACAAAAGACUCUUCAACAGCUUAAAGAACAGCUUUUGGCUUCCAGUGAGGACGGUUACGAACAUAUAGCCAUGCCUCCAAAGCCUAAAACCCAGCUUGUAAAGAACCGCAAGUGCAAGAGAUGUCAUGACGCUAUACACAAACACCAAUGGAACGAAAACAAUGCUGAUCUUUUAUAUGGGCCUUCAGAAAUUGGCCAAAAGAUCCCCAAGAACGCGAAUAUUAUUUAUCUCGUGAACUCGUUGGACUUUCCACUUUCGGUAAGUACCUCUUUACUAUCUGAUCGACCACCUGCCAAUAUCUACUACGUCGUCACAAAAAUCGAUAGAUUUUACCCAAACGUGUCUGGAUCUUUACACCAAAAGGCAUUGCCUUAUUUCAUGGAUGUUUUGCAUAGGCUUGUGGGUGCAAGAAAAGACAGAGUGUUUCUCGUCUCUGGUAAGCACCAAUGGUACUUGAAAAGACUCAUGGCUGCUCUUCCAAAGGGAGACGUUUAUGUCGUUGGUGAAGUGAAUGCUGGUAAAAGCACUCUUGUUCGUGGGCUCGCACAUUCAAGUAGCUCUGAGUUGGAAUCCAGCAAGUCCCAUUCCCAGGCCAUAUCCUAUCUCCCUGGCUUCACCAGGCAAAAUAUCACCUUCAGCCUACCCUCCGGUACCAAACUUAUUGAUACUCCCGGGUUUUUACACGUCUCGCGAGGAUUGGUGGAUAGUUCCACUCCUAAAGACCUGCAAGUGCUAAUGACGAGUCCCUUGGUCAAAGAAACGGAUCAUUUGGUUUAUACGAGAGGACCCCACAAGCAACGCAAAAUCUACAAUGGUAAGGCCGUGAUUUCAGUGGGAGGGCUGGUUUAUCUUCUUCCACCAGCAGACAGCAUUCUGUUGUUCAAAAUGGGAAUUAAUGCAGAAUUGGCCAGAUUUAAAGACAUUGACAAGGCGAGAUCUGUUUGUUUGACCAGACCUAAAGAAAACAGCCACAAGUUCCUGGUUACUCCGGACUCGGCCAAAAACCUGGCCAGAUACGCAAUCCCCCCGUUUUUCGGCCCGAUAGAUAUCGUCAUAGGAGGAGUGGGAUAUUUCAAGAUUAUACCCACCGGUCCUAGAAAUACCACCCGGUUGUUCGAAUUGUUCGCCCCGGUGGGAACUCGCAUUAUCAUUCGUGAUAACAUUCAUAAGUACAUCUAUAGGUACAAGGAUGAGGAUGGGAACGUGGGUCUGAGAAAAGUCCCCGACGACCGCGAGAUCUUCAGCGAGGUGGUUCCAAUUCCGUGGGAACUACCUUCUGACCGGGUGCUUUUGAAGGUUACUGGUCAGGAUAAUAUCUCAGAGGAGAAACAGUUGUUUGCUAAAAGCCACAGCUACACCAAUCCUCACUGGACUCCAGUUGAUUUGGAUCAAUGA